GCCGAAGAAAGUUCUAGUGGGUUGAGGUAUCGGCGGGAGCAGCCGGCUGGCGGGAGGAGCCGUUACACGAACCGGAGUUGCCGAUUAAGCCUGAGCAAGAUGACCACCUCUCAGAAGCACCGGGACUUCGUGGCGGAGCCCAUGGGGGAAAAGCCAGUGGGCAGCCUGGCGGGGAUUGGAGAAGUCCUGGGCAAGAAGCUGGAGGAAAGGGGCUUUGACAAGGCCUACGUGGUCCUUGGCCAGUUUCUGGUGCUAAAGAAAGAUGAAGACCUCUUCCGGGAAUGGCUGAAGGACACAUGUGGCGCCAACGCCAAGCAGUCCCGGGACUGCUUCGGGUGUCUCCGAGAGUGGUGCGACGCCUUCUUGUGACGCCCUCUGGGCGGCUCCCCCCCAGCACCCCCUUUGAGUCCCCAGAGUUGGCUGGCUGAUGGGGACCCCUCCCGUCCUUCACAGAGGAAGAUUGCUGUUUUCGUACUCACCUCCGAUGUACUCCAGGGUCUCUUGGGAGUUCUCUCCCCUCACCCUUGCAGCUUUUUGGGGAUUCUCACUCUUGCAUGCGUCCCUCUCCUUCCCCUGCCAGGUUCACGUUGACCACAGCCAGCUUUUUUGAGUGAAUUCCUAGCCCCUGUCCUCACCCCCACUCCCACCUUUGGUCUCUUUCAAGCCGUUCUGCUCUUUUUUGUGGCAGAACAGUCACUGUCCUCAAAGUUUUUUAAAUCAAUAAAGUCAGUGGCCUUUGUG